GGUAUAGUGCCAAGAGUACUAUCCAGUAAUGUAACUUAGCAUGGCUAAGCACUUGCCUUUAGCGCUGUUUUUUAGUGAAGAUGUAUCUAAUCUUUUCUCUGAUAUUCAGGUUUCAACCUACUGAAUGUUCAAGUUAAGAGCUGUAACUAAGCUCCUAAGAAGGAUAACUAUAGUUACUGAGUAUUAAAAUGCAUGUAAAACCAUAUGCACAAACCCAGGAAAAUCCAAACUUACCCUAUUAUUUAAUCAUUUAAAGAGUGUAACAAGUACUAAUUACUUAAUGUGUUUUAGAUGUGACUGAUAAUGUUUGGGUUUUUUUAGAUCUGUGGUUGUGGUCUGAUCAGAGAGUCUGAAUAUCAGCAUCAGGAAAACUAAUAAGUAAAAAGAAGCCACCUCAGUAGAAUUUCAGAUAUGGCAUUGACAUCUACUGUAAUUGGUUCAGUUCCUACCACUGCAUCUCGUUUUGCUUUACUACAAGUCGAAAGUGAUACUGAAUUGGAGCCUGGCAAAGGAGGAAGUGGCCGAGGUGCCAGUAAAUCUCAGGCUUCAGGGGGAAGAUCAUCUACAAAUGAAAAGAAAAGAAAGAAAAGGAGAAAAAAGAAAGAACAGCAGCAGAGUGAGGCCAAUGAGCUCAGAAACCUUGCUUUUAAAAAGAUUCCUCAGAAGUCCUCACGUGGAGGCUGUCUAUCUCAGCAUGAACAAAAUAUACAUGCUGCAAAGCAGAAAGACUCUCAGGAAGAAAAUUGGCAGGAGUGGAGACAAAGAGAUGAGCAGCUGACAUCUGAAAUGUUUGAGGCUGAUCUUGAGAAAGCAUUGCUGCUAAGCAAACUGGAAUAUGAAGAGCACAAACAGGAAUAUGAAACCGUUGAAAGUACUUCACCUCACUCAAAGUCUGUGAAUAAGAAAAAGAACCAGCAAGGAAAAGACAAACCUCUCACUGUGUCUCUGAAAGACUUUCAGUCAGACAGUAAUAUAGAUAACCUUGCUAAAAAACAUGAGGAGCUGAACUCCUCCCAGUCUUCAUUGCAUGAUGGAGGAUUUUUCAACAGGCUGGAAGAUGAUGUUCACAGAAUACUUGAAAGAGAGAAAAGGAGAGUCCAGCUCACUGAUUACAGUGAAACAGAUAACUGCACAUCUCAUGAACAGAACCAGGAGAGUGUUUUGAAAGAUGGAAAAACAGAACGACUAAAGCUCGAGCUUGAGAAGAAAGAUGCAGAAAUUGAGCAACUGAAAAAUAUAAUAACUCAGUGGGAGGCAAAGUAUAAAGAAGUAAAAGCAAGAAAUGCACAGCUUCUGAAGAUGAUACGAGAAGGUGAAAUGAAAGACAAAGCAGAAAUACUCCUACAGGUUGAUGAAUCUCAAAUUAUCAAAAAUGAAUUGACUGUACAGGUAACUAUACUUCAUGCAGCCUUAGAGCAAGAAAGAUCCAAAGUGAAACUACUUCAGGCAGAAUUAACAAAAUAUCAGAAGGGGAAAAAAGAGAAAAGGCACUCAGAAUCUGACCAGUGCAGGUGAUCUCCUCUGCCACCAGAUUCAAAGCAAAAAAAGAUCCAAAUCUUUCUUCAGGGUUUUGCAGAAAUUUAUAUUUGUUUCACAACUGCUCAACUAUGCAGUUUUUGAAGAGAAAUUAACAAUUACUAGUUUAACAGCCUGAAUAACUAAUUUGUUGCACUUUCAGCUACAGAAAAAUCACAAAUCUAGUAUUGCAGGAGAGUUGAAACUUAACUGUAAUGUCAUUAGUUUUUCAUCAUUCAAUAAAAUUUACUCUUCCA